UUUAAAUUUAAUUUGUUCAAUAAAUAUGCAGGGUGUUUUCUAUCCCCCUUAUUUAGUUAAAUGCUCAUUACUGUGUAGUGAGCAAAAGGCCAUUUACCAAAAUAUAUUGUCCUUACUUCUAAUGUGUAAAUUAUCACAUUGAAAUGAACCCACAAUACAAAUGUAAAAAUCUUGUAUCCUACUUUUUUUUUUGUUUUUUUUUUUUUUUAAAUCUUGUGGCAUAUGCCUACUUGCACCAUACAUUGACAAUGUCGUGGCAUCACAAUGUGUAACAUGAAAUUUAAGCAGUGUUAAGUCAGAAGGAAGAAUAUGUACACCUACCAGUGGAAAAAGAUCAUCCCUCUCCAUGCUGAGGAUUAUGUUUUCAUCUGGGAUUACAGAUGGUAAUAUUAAGAUCGGGUCACAGGCUGGGUUCUUAAUGGUCAUGGGUUAAUACACAUGGCUUAACUGUUGUUUAAAAGCCCACCACCAAGCCAUACCCAGUACACAUUUGGACUAGCAUCAACCAGGAUAAUUUCCAUUGCACAUACAAUAGUUCUAUUAAAGGAUUUAAUGGAUUCUCUAUCAAUUGCAGGAAAUACUUGUGUAACCUUCUCCACUGUUUCACAUUUUAUUUAGUUUUCCAUUUACUUUUUGUAUUUUUCAUCAUGGCAGCUGGUGAAGUGGACUCAAAAUCAGGAACUACCAAUGCUGUGCUGGAACCUAGGAGUAAUAACCAUCUUGUCCCUUCCCCCAACAUCUCAGUGACAGAGAGUACUCCAGAUAGAAACAGAAAGCUUCUGUUUGUACCAGUCAACCAAUUACAGGUUCCUUCUCAGCGUGACUGCUCCAAUUCCAUAAAGGAAGCAUCACCUGAUGAACAACAGAAGUUCAUGAAUAUGAUCAGCUAUGGCCAGCGUGGAUGCAUGGAUGACCAGCGCUGUUCAUUGGAUCCUAGCAGGAGUGCUCCCUGCACACCCAAACACACAAACAUAAAGCAUUCUGCAAGUACAUUAAACUCAGAUUCUGAAAUGUUCUUCAACAUCUUGGCCAACAGUCAGAGCCAACGGCUCAACGACCAGCGAGUGUCUCUUCCGUCAUUACCAGGACUAGAGAAUGAAAAUACUGCUGCAAAAUCUACUACAGGAGAAGAUUCAAGCUACUUGUGCUACAUGGUCUCUAAAGUCCAGGAUUCCAGAAUGGAGGACCAAAGGUGCUCGCUACCUGAAAUCAUAACCAAAGAGUCCCAGUGUUCACAGUCCACACCCAGACAUGAGCCCAGUCAGAGCACUGUGCCCAAAGGUCCAGAUUCUGAAAAGUUCUUCAGCCUGCUUGCUGACUCUCAGGGCCGAAGGCUUAAUGACCAGCGAUUGUCUCUUCCUUCAUUGCCAGGGAUACAGAAUGGAGGUACAUCGUCAACAUCAACUGCUGCAGAGAGGGAUGCAAACUACUUGUGUUACAUGGUCUCCAAAGUCCAGGACACAAGGCUAGAUGAACAGAGAUGUUCUGCACCCCAAAUCCUCCAGAAUCUGGCUACCCCAUCUGCUCAGCGCAAAGAUCCUCCCAUUUCAGAUGCAUCUGGCUCCUUAAACCAUGCCAAAUCUGACCAACAGCUCCAAGAGGCAUCUCCAGCUGAGCAGGAUCAGUUCCUUAAAAUGAUCAGUCAUGCACAAAGCGGACGUAUGGAUGAACAACGUUGCUCUUUACAAAGUGCAGAAACUGACGCAUUCUUCAAAAUCAUUGCCUCCAGCCAUGGAGGACGGCUAGAUGAUCAGCGUGUUUCACUUCCUACCCUGCCAGGGAUAAGUGGGAAUUCUGAAGAAAAAGAAAAUGGUAGAAAUACAAAGGAUGGAAUCCUAUCUUCUCCACCACACAUCACUGUGGCUGAAAGUACACCAACAACAUCAAGGAAACACUGUCCCAGACCUACCUCUCAACCCCAAAUGGCGCAUGCAGAAUCUGGCUCCCCCAGAGUCCUACCCAAAUCUGCUUCAUUUACACCCGAUACAGAAUAUCAGAAGAAGCUAAAUUCCCCAGCACAGGUGACAGUGAGGGUGUCCAUGACCUUCACACCACAGCAGGUGCAGAAUAAUAUCGAUCAACCAUGCACAUUCCCAGAAGUCUUCCUCACUCUAGGAGCCCCUGGAGAUAACCUUGUGAUCCCUCUGAGCCCAGGACCUGGCAGACCCAUGUCCUUCAACUUAAACCUUGUCCCAAAAGAAAAUAUUAAGUCCAAACACUCUUCUCCGAGCCAUGCAAGUCCCAGAAAAGCCCACUCAGGGCCAUCAUCCUCCAACCCAGGAGCAACCAGCCGAACAAAUCCUGUAACAUCAUGUCCACAUGAAGAGGAAAGCUUUGUGACCAGCCCUAUCAGUCCCGAUGAAGACUGCUUCUCUCUGAUUGAGAAGGUUCACAUAGCCCAGAUGCAGAAGGCGAUGGCGCAAGGAGGACGACAAUUUAAAGGGGACACUGAAAAGCUGAGGGAAAAGACUGAGCAAGGAAAGGGGGGUGGAAAGAAAGAUAAGAAGGAUGGUGGCAAUAAGCAAUAGUCAGGUACCAUAUGCCACAUUGUAAAUUAUCUAUUGAGGAAAACAUUUGAAACCUCACAUUUCUCUCUAAUGUUUUCUGUUAUUGGCUUAGAAAAUAAUUGAACAAUGUUUAAGAAAUUGUAUUUGUAGUUUUCAUAUGCCCACACAAUUUAGAAGCUCUUGCUGGAGUAGAACUAAGCAUUAUUGUUGUUUGUUUGUUUGUUUCAUACUCAGUAGUGUGGGUGAGAACUCGUUGCUUUAAUUUUUUCAAAUUUAAGUGCAAUGUAACAGUUAAAGAGAAUACUGCUUAUCCAAAGAGAGAAAUUCUAGUUAGGUUGGAAUUAAACCUAGUACUCUGUGUGAAACUGACAAAAACAACAUAACAAUACAAACAGAAAUACCUAAAUUUAAUCUGAUUACAAAUUCAUGUUUUGUUUUGAUGAGCUGAAGCACAUACUUAAACAUUACUUUUUAAUUACAGAGGUGUGACAUUUGAUCUUAACUGAAAUUGCAGUAAUAAAAGGAGCAAUGAUUGGCCAGUCACUGUGUUCUGAUACAGUUCCAUGUAACUGUUAUUUAAGCUUACAUGGUUAUAUGAGGUUGAAUAUGACAAACAAGAAGUACAAAGAAAAUGAAACACUUGAGAAAUGUAUGACAUUUAUUGAGAUUUACAUGAGAAAAUUAUCAGGGGCUCAUAUUGUAUGAACUCUGUUAAAAUGCUUUAGCUGGAUCUUGUAUCUCAUUCAGCAGAGUCACUUCCCUGAAACAAACAAAACUUAUCAGUACUUGUAACGAAUGUUUGUAUAUGCAAAAAGCAAUACCACAUUUUAUGGAAUGACGAAACUAGACGUAAGGAUUAAAUAUUCUUACAGAAA